UUGUUUAUGUUUAUUGUUUACACACGGGCCCUGAGUGGCCGUGGCCAUGGCCCAGCCUGCCCCUGAAGACCCUGACCUAGAGGGACACACUCUUGGCCCAAGGCUGAAGAAAUAACAGAAAUAAGGAAACAGUUUGGCGUAGAGAAGCAUAAGGUGUAUUUUUUUAUUUCCCGCGUGAAGAGAAAGUUAUUUUUGUGUCGGCGGAGAGGGCGAGAUGACUGGGGGUGGUGGUGGCGAUGAUGCUGGUGGUGGUGGUGGUGAUGACGCUGGUGGUGGUGGUGGUGGUGGAGGGUACCAAGAACCACCUGCCAGAACCAAGAAUCAUCAUCAGCAGCAGCAGGAGCAGAAGCAGGAGGAAGAAGGAAGCAGAUCAGAGGAUGACACCCGGAAUGCACCUUCAAGCAACGACCUCAAGCCAGGGGUGCCGUGCCUGACCUGCGGGUGUGUGGGCGCCACCAUCAGCAUAUACACAAGAAUCGGGAACGCUGAGGCACUGCUGACCCUCCUCGCCUUGGCACUGCGGCAGCCUGUGGGGUCAGUGAUGCUCCCCAGCUAUGUCGUGUGUUCCGAGUGCCACGAGAACUUCAAACUGAUCUUUCGGCUCAUGUCCAAACUCACGCGACUCGCACGGAAGACUGUCCUGGGGUAUAACAAGACACUGAGGAGCCUGGGGAAGAAGCCGGAUGUGGAUGUUGAUGAGGAGGAUAACGAGGAGUGUCUGUUAGUGCUGGAUGGCGUGGAUGUCGACGGGAAGGAAGGCGGGAUAGUCGGACGUGCUCUAGCCAUGGGGUCGAGUGCCGUGAAGAGCGUGCCGGUGACGAAAGCGGAGAAGGAGCGGAGGUUUGAGUGUCCGGUGUGCGGUAAGAAGUUCCGCGCUUACAGCCAUCGCGUCGAACACAUGUUGGUGCAUACCGGCGAACGUGCGUUUCACUGCACUGAUUGUGGGUUUCAGACGACAACCAAAUCCAACCUGACACGCCACAGACAGCGCCACAAGGAGGAAUUCCGAUGCCAGCUCUGCGGCAAGACCCUCGGUAAUAAGUUCAGCCUUAAGGAACACCUCCGGACGCACGGGAAAGACCGCCCCCAUGAGUGUAAACAUUGCCGGAAAACGUUUUUGCGGCGGCGCGAGCUACGGGUGCACGAGCGUGGACACGGCGACACGGGAAGCCUGGACGCGCAAAACCAUGAAUGUCCUGAAUGCCAUAAGAGGUUCGUGCUGCGUUCGAGACUGCAAAGGCACUCGCUAAUCCAUAAAUCCGAGCGGGAGUUUAUCUGCGAGACGUGCGACAAGAGAUUCGUGCGUAAGGAUGACCUGAAGUGCCACGAGCGUACACAUUCAGGGGUCAAACCGUACACAUGCGAUGAGUGUGGCCGCGCAUUCCGCUUCAUGUCGAACUGUCGUAGCCACAUGAAAGUCCACUUACGCUCGUCCCUAACCUGUCUGACCUGCAACAUGUCCUUCCCGACGCAGGGCAAGUACGCGACCCACCUCAAGUCUCGGAAACAUCGCAAGAAACGCAGUGAGGAAAAUGAGGAGGAGGAGGAAGAGGAGGAGGAGGUGAUGGUUAGCGGCAUGGACGAAGUUAGCUGUGGUGCGUGUGGACUUGCGUUUGGUACCCUAGAGCAGCUCUCCUCGCAUACCCUAUCGACGCAUAUCUCCCAGACUAUCCUCCCCGCACCCCCUGACACCAGUAUAAUCAUCUCCGGGGGGCCUGGGGGAGGGAUAGAGGCAGGGGAGGAUGUUGAGGUUAUGUCACUUGAUGGGGUGAGCGUGGUGGUCGCUGUCGGAGGUGGGGAGAGUGCACCCCUUCCGUUAACCCUCCCGCACCCCUCCCCGCCUUCCUCGGCCCUUCUCGUUGGGGGUGACGGCCCUCCACCUCCCUCCCCGACCUUCCCCUUCGGUCUGGACUCGAAAGGGGAGGAAGCGGAAGGCGUUGAGGGUGCGAUUUUGAAUUCCUUUACCGGUGGAGAGGGAGAAACCGAAGUGGAGGGGGAGAAAGCUCAACACCGGACCAUCAUCACCGCCUCCUCCACCUCCUCCACCACCGCCUCAACUCCGCGGCAGAAGGUGACGGUUUUUAAGCUGUCCGAGUGGGAGACGACGGAAUAUUAUGAAAAAUAGUAAUAGUAGUAAUUCAUUGAGGUCUGAUUGUGUGCUCGACUUAAUUGUGAUACCCAGAUGGUGUGUGUGUGUGUGUGUGUGUGUGUGUGUGUGUGUGUGUUAUGUUGUAUUUCUUCCUCUUCCUCCUCUUCUUCUUCAUCUUCUUCCCUUCCUCCUUCCUUCCUCUCCUUCUUUUCUUCCUUUCCUUCCUCCCUUCCUUCUUUCUCCUCCUAUUCCUCCGAGUCUUCCUCCUCUUCUUCAUCUCCUUCCCUUCCUCUCCUUCUCUUCUUCUCUUCUCUUCCUCCUCCUCUUCCUCCUCCUAACUAACCUACUCUUUCUUCCUUCCUUCCUUCCUUCCUCUCCUUCUCUUCUUCUCUCUCCUCUUCUUCCUCCUCCUCCUCCUCCUAACUAACCUACUCUUUCUCUUCCUUCCUUCCUUCCUUCCUUCCUUCCUCUCUUCCUUCCUUCCUUCCUUCCUCUCCUCCUCUUCUCUCUCUCCUCUUCCUCCUCCUCCUCCUCUUUCUCUUCCUUCCCUUUCCUUCCUUCCUUCCUUCCUUCUUUCUCCUCCUCCUCAUAUUCCUCCUCUUUCUCCUCCCCUCUGUGUGUGUGUGUGUGUGUGUGUGUGUGUGUUUACUCUCCACACAGAUUCACAAUAAAUUUUUCCGGCACAAACUCUCCCCAUUGUAUUUUUGUAAAGGUCAAGUUUGGGGUUGUUGACGGACCUUAUAGAGCUUACUAUUUUUAUACAUGCUCAUAAAUAAAGCAAUAAUGUUCU